AUGACCUCUAUUCGGUCAGAUACGGAGAGUGCGAAAUACAUUAUCAAGGAAUCCCAAGAUGAAUCUAAACUAUCAGACCAGGGCAGGAAGGCUAGUGUGCACCCCGCUGGCCCCCAUCUUACGCCAGGCCCGUCUCCGGGUACUGGUAUUGUUACCGCGAGCGAUGGGAAUGAUCCGCCACAAGGCCCGCAGCAUGAAGCCCCGCAAACGCCUCAGUAUAGCGUGUUCUCGAAACGCAAGAAGCAGGGCAUUGUCUUAGCCGGUUCCAUCGGUGCCGUUUUCUCGACUUUGACAGCGCAAACUUACCUACCCGCCUUGAAGGUCCUAGCCGAUGAUUUUCAUGUCUCGGUGUCGAAGAUCAACCUCACGGUAACCGCUUAUCUCAUCUUCCAAGGUAUCACGCCAAUGUUUAUCGGAGCGUUUGCCGACAGGAUGGGACGACGACUAGCUUACAUCAUCUGCUUUGUUGUUUAUAUCGCCGCAAAUAUUGGGCUUGCAGUGUCGCCCAACUAUGCCAGCCUUCUGGCGAUUCGUUGUCUCCAGGCCGCCGGGAUUUCGGGAACGCAGUCGCUCUGUCAAGCAGUAGUGGCGGAUAUAGUCACCAGCGCCGAGCGAGGUCAAUAUAUAGGCUUCGUCACCUUGUCAGCAAUCUUAGGUCCCAGUCUCGGCCCCAUCAUCGGCGGUGCACUCACGGAUAGCCUAGGUUGGCGGAGCAUUUUCUGGUUUUUGACCAUUUGCGCUGGAGUAAUCCUUGUCUUGAUAGCACUCUUCUUCCCCGAGACAUGUCGUCCAAUCGUGGGGGACGGCUCCAUUCGUCCACCUAAGACCAAUGAGACAUUGUGGCAGCUCAUCAAAGACCGUCAACAGAGCAGCAGCCAUAAUUCGGAGCCCCCCAUUCUACCAUUGACUGCGCCCGAGGGAAAAGUUACCAAGGCCACGUUCGGCAUCAAACAUCUUUUCACAUCACUUGCUUUGCUCCAGAGUAAAGAACUCGGCCUCCUACUCGCUUACGGAGGCCUUAUCUAUAGUGGUAUCAACGCCAUUUCGGCUGCCUUACCUAGCCAGUUUACAGAGAUCUAUGGCUUCAACAGUUUGGAAAUUGGCUUGAUGUUUCUCCCAAUGGCCGCUGGAUCGGUUGUUGCCGUUGGGGUGGCUGGCAAGGCAAUUAAUUGGAAUUAUCGUCGACAUGCAAAGAGAUUGGGACUGACUGUGGACAAGAGCCGGCAAAUUGAUCUUACCGAUUUUCCGAUCGAGAAGGCUAGACUGGAGGUUGCAUUACCGCUCGUUUAUGUAAGUGCUGCAUUGGUGAUAGCUUGGGGCUGGGCUCUCAAGAGCCGGACGUCAGUAGCUGUGCCGUGCGUGCUAGCAUUUCUAAUGGGCGUUGUGUACAUCGGUGUGCUCAAUGUCUUCAACACUCUCAUCACGGACUUGUAUCGCAAGAAAGCCGCUGCAGCGACCGCGGCAAAUUGGUUUGUAAGAUGCAUGAUGGGGGCGGUAAUGACAGCUGUGAUCCAGCCGCUAAUUCUGGCAGUCGGUUCGGGUUGGGCAUAUACGAUCAUGGGGCUAGCUUAUGUGUUGUUCUCACCGGCGCUGUUCCUGAUCAUGUGGAAGGGAAUGGCAUGGCGGAAGGAAGAGCGAGAAAAAGCAGAGUCAAGGAUGACAGCAAGGAAUGAGAAAAGGAGAAUAGAAAAGAAAGAGCAGAAGGACAGUGCCUGUGGUGCUGAAGACGGAGUCCAGGGAACUGCCUAA